AUGGAAGUCAAUGGUGAACCAGAUAUAGCUGGUAUUUUCAGCGCGGCUUUAAUGCCAUUGAAAGAUAUGAAAGAUGCAGAUAUUUUGGACCAGUAUGAAAUGAACAUGGCUGAUGGAAAUAUAACACCUGACGUUCUAAAACAUUUAUCUCAAAGAACUACACAGAACCAUAGAGAUGGUAUAUUUGGUGAAGAGUUUAGAAAGAAAGUUAUGGACAGCGAAGGAAGAGAACCUAUUGUACAUGACCUUGCAAACGAAAGUUUACAAAAUGUCAUAAAAACUUACUUUGCAGACAAUGAACCGAGAAGGGAUGAAUAUUUAAGAAAACUCAAAUGGACAGUACCAAAUGAAAUGUUAGUAUUGAAAAACAUGUUCCUUGACAAAAUAAAACCAACUACAGAAAUAAACGACGCAAGACUGAAAGAUUGGGUAAAAGCUUUCCCAUUCACAAAAGAUAUAGUUGGUAACAUGGAAAGAAAACCAGAAUGGCUACAAAAACAUAUAUUUGGAAACGAGCAUAUUCCAUAUGGACAGGCACUGUUUGAAGAGCUUGAACCGGAAACUCAGGAAAGAGUCAUGCAAACAAUACGCGAAGACUCAAAUACAGACUAUGACAAACUCUUUCUAGGAUAUAGGUUACCUGAGAUGGGCGACCAGAGCCAAAAGGCAAAAAGGACAUGGGAAAUUUGCAACAUACUAGAUGAACAUAAUGCAAAGAUGCAACAACUUCAAGCAGAGGGCAAUGAAGGAAAAAGAAGAGUUAAAAACUCAGUCAGGAAGAAAGUAAAGCUUGGUCCACGUGGGUUUCUAUUAGACAAAUAA